AUCCUGUGUAAAUACGUAGUUAGCAGUGACUGGCCCAAAAAACGACUGUCUCAAAGAGAACUUUGAUGGCCAAAACCGUCUUGCACUGUCGCAGCGAGACGACCACUUAGCUUUGCAUGGAUCUCCUGAGAGCUAAUAAUAACUGGUGGCUUCGGAUGAAAAGGGUCACGUUACCUGCUGCGAUUGUUGUCAGUUGUACUGGGACAGCUAAAACCUAUCAGUGGAUGGUUCUGAGGCGAGUCGUCUGUAACAGCUGCUUGAAACAACACAAUUACAAUCUCACUUUCAUUUCAUGCUUAAGUUUCAAGACCAUGUUUUGAUGUGUGUAUUGUUAUGAGUCCCGACGUCUCACUAAACGGGGCCAGGAACGAUCUAACAGUCCUCUUGAUUUACAGAAUUGUAAUAUAACUUAGUUCCAUCAUCAAUAUUCGCUGUGUUAUGUUUUGAAGUAUGGGUUUGAGCAGUUCAUUUUAUGUUCUCUCCGGGAAUGGAAAUUCAGUACAAACUCCGCAGUUCCGAAAAAUAAACGUGUAACCGUGGGUUACAAAACGUGUGUACCCAAUGUGACGAACGUGUCACUCGCUAAAGCGUAAACCGGAAGUAUGCUUAGCUUGUAGCUCACGUUGUUUAUGUUUAUAAAGCUAGCUCUAGCUGUGUGCAGCAUCGUCUCAGAAGUUACAACAUUCAACGAAUUAGUUUGAGAAUUGCAAAUCCUGUAAUCCGUCAACCAUGGGGAAGUCAUUUGCCAAUUUUAUGUGCAAGAAGGAUUUCCAUCCUGCAUCAAAGUCAAAUAUUAAAAAAGUAUGGAUAGCGGAACAAAAAUUAACCUUCGACAAGAAAAAGCAGGAAGACCUCAUGCAGGCUUACCUCAAGGAACAAGACACAUACAACAACAGAUUAUUGAUGGGUGACGACCGUGUGAAAAAUGGUCUCAAUUUCAUGUAUGAGGCUCCGCCGGGGGCGUCGAAAGAGGAGACCAAGGAGGAUGGGGAGUCUGAGUAUAAGUUUGAGUGGCAGAAAGGGGCUCCUCGUGAAAAGUAUGCAAAAGAUGACAUGAACAUCAGAGAUCAGCCGUUUGGGAUCCAGGUUCGCAAUGUGAGGUGCAUCAAGUGUCACAAGUGGGGCCAUGUAAACACAGACAGAGAGUGCCCUCUCUUCGGCCUGUCUGGCAUCAAUGCUAGCUCAGUGGCCACAGAAGAAGCUGCAGGUCCGUCAAUGCACCCCUCGGAGUUAAUGGCGGAGAUGCGAAACAGUGGGUUUGCCCUGAAAAAAUGUGUCCUUGGGAGAAAUUCUACUGUUUGUGAUCCGUCGCAGGAGUAUGUAGCCAGCGAGGAGGACGAGGAUCCUGAGGUGGAGUUCCUGAAGUCGUUGACCACCAAGCAGAAACAAAAGCUUCUCAGGAAACUCGACCGUUUGGAGAAGAAGAAGAAGGAGAAAAAGAAGAGCAAGAAGCAGAAGAAGAAGAAAAGCAAAGGAAAGCACAAGAAGAGACAGGACAGCAGCGACUCCUCCAGCGACUCCUCCAGCGACUCCUCCGACAGCAGCGGCCAUGACGACGCGUCUCCGAGUCGGGAGAGGAAGAGCGGGAGAAGGGACUCCAGCCCAUCGCGGAGCCCUCAGCCCAGACAGAAGCUCAACGAGACGGCCGCGGCUCCCAGGGAGACCGCACAGCCCAGCCCGGAGAGGAGGAGGGAGGACUGGGGUCAGGACAGACGCAGACAAGGCAGCAGGGAGCGGGAGAGGCAGCGGGAGCAGAAUAAUGGGAGGGCGGAGAAAGGGAGAGGGGAGCGAGACAGUAACCAGGACUCCAGCGAGGGCAAUGGAAGGGCCAGGAAGGAGUCGAGCAGAAGUGGGAGCAAAGAUCGAGCAAAAGGCGGAACUGAUGAGAACAGGAGGAGCAGGGAAAGAGGGAGUGGAACAGGAGGGAACAGGAGGAGCAAGAGCAGAGAUGGAUUCAAGGACAGAGCAGUAAACGAGAAAAGAAGCAGAGAGAGGGGGAGGGAAAGGGGAGCCAAUAGGAGUUUGAGCCGUAGCAGAGAUGGAGGCCGGGAAACAUGCGGGAGGUGGAGAAGUAGGAGCAGAGACGGAGCGAAGGAUCGGGGGAGAAACCAGAGGAGCGGAAGUAGAGAAAGAGGGAGGAACCAGAGGAGCGGAAGUAGAGAAAGAGGGAGGAACCAGAGGAGCGGAAGUAGGGAAAGAGGGAGGAACCAGAGGAGCGGAAGUAGAGAAAGAAGGAGAGACCGACGAUCAGGAAGUACGAGCAGAGAAAAGUCAGAGAGAAAGAACUGAGUUUGUGUUUUUAUUUUCCUGAAAUAAAUAUUUAUAUUUUGACUCAAACUGUGACUGCUGUGUCAAGGUAUAGCUAGUUAGGUUAGGGUUAGGAUUAGGAUUGACUUCAUUUAUACAACCCAUUGCCUAUUGGAGUCCAGAUUUGGACAAAUGUCAUAUUUUCUCCAACAGAGGGCAGCAAUAGACCUGAUAAAACUUCAAUUAAUCAGAUUAUUGUACGAAUGGCUCUGCUUUUUAAUUAAGUGCAUCGGAUAGACCUAUUCCUUUCAAAUUAAACUUGCUUGGGGAAAAAUUGUACUGUAUAAUAGUAUACUUGUAUUACAACAUUUUAUUUCAAUCAAAUGUUUUUGGGUUGAAUUGCCAUGUUUCCACAAUACUUGUGAUAAACUGUACCACUAAAUGGUUGCAGUUUAUCAGGCCACUAAAAAGUAUGGCAACAAGUUAUGUCAACCUUGACAAUAGGCCAUGGACCCUAUAGCAUGCUAAACACACGAUGUUUUUAAACAUAUUAAAGUCUUGGGUUCAUGGCAUUUAAAGAUUGUUGAAUAAAGACAAUGCCUUUGAAUUAA